AUGCAUACAAAUCACGCUGCUUUGAGAUAUCUGAUGGCGAAGAAGGAUGCUAAACCGAGGUUGUUGCGUUGGAUGUUGUUGUUACAGAAGUUCGAUCUCGAGAUCAAAGACAAGAAAGGAGUUGAAAACGGUGUUGCGGAUCAUCUGAGCAGGAUGAGAGUAGAGGAUCUAGUGCCGAUAGACGACUCGAUGCCUGAAGAACAGUUGAUAUCGAUCAAAGUUCUCGAAGCAGUCGACUCUACCAAGGUUGAGCUCGAUCGAGUCUAUUCACUGAGCGACGAGAAAUAUCCUUGGAAAUGCAUUGCAGAGGAGGAAGUCAGCGGAGUUCUAGAGCACUGCCACAUAUCUACCUACGGUGGUCACUAUGCUGUGUUUAAAACAGCGCAGAAGAUUCUCGAAUCUGGGCUCUGGUGGCAGAAUCUAUUCAAGGAUGCACACAGCGUCAUCUCCAAGUGCGAUCCUUGUCAGAGAAUGGGCAAUAUAUCUAGGAGAAACGAGAUGCCACAGAACCCAAUUUUAGAGAUCGAGGUCUUCGACGUCUGGGGGAUCGAUUUCAUGGGACCAUUCGACCCGUCAUCUCACCGGAACCGGAACAUUCUGGUGGCGGUGGAUUACGUAUCUAAAUGGGUUGAAGCGAUUGCAUGCCCCGCCAACGAUCACAAACCAGUGCUCAAGCUGUUCAAAUCCAUUAUCUUUCCUAGAUAUGGAAUCCCGAGAGUUGUGAUUAGCAAUGGGGGGAGCCACUUCAUCAACAAGAUCUUUUCAGCGCUUCUAAAGAAGUAUGGAGUAAAGCAUAAGGUUGCAACACCCUAUCACCCCCAGACAUCUGGAAAAGUCGAGGUCUCUAACAAACAGAUCAAGGCGAUUUUGCACAAAGUUGUAAACAGUUCAACAAGAGACUGGGCGGUCAAGCUCGACGACUCACUUUGGGCGUAUAGGACAGCUUACAAGACACCUAUUGGGAGGACGCCAUUUCAGUUUCUAUACAGAAAGUCAUGCCAUCUCCCCGUUGAAGUGGAAUACAGAGCCAUCUGGGCGACCAAGCUGCUGAACUUUGAUCUUAAGACCGCUCAGGAGAAGAGGGAGAUCGAUCUGCAUGAGCUAGAGGAGAUCAGAUUGGAUGCCUACGAGAGCUCUAAGAUCUACAAGGAGAGGACCAAGGUAUUCCACGACAAGAAGAUCAUUCGAAAGUACUUUAAAGAAGGCGAUCGAGUUCUGCUGUUUAACUCUCGCCUGAAACUGUUUCCUGGGAAACUGAAGUCGAGGUGGUCUGGACCCUUCACCGUCAAAGACGUCUCACCAUUUGGAGCGGUCACUCUGAUCAACAAAGAAGGGGCUCCUUUCACAGUCAACGGGCAAAGGGUUAAGCUUUAUCUUGCAGACUACGCAAUCCCAGCGGGGACAUCGAUUCCUCUCUGUGAGCCCUGA